UGUGCACUUGUUCAGUGAUUAGGUAAAGAAAGGCUCAUCAAAUUGUUAAUUGAAAGAAAAUUUUAAUCCCUGACUCAGAUGUAGCUGUGCAUGUGUUGUUGCAUUAUUGUGUGACAGUUUUCAGUUCAGUGUGGAAGGAGGUGGUCCUUGGAAGAAUACUCUGUUUCUGGGGGCAGUUUUGGCUUGCUUACUCCAUGCCUGGGGGACUGCCAGGUACGCAGCUUUGUUUUAAUGCCAGUCCUGUAGACUUCCAAAACUGAGUUAACCUGGAGUCAUUUAAAGCAGGUGGUGAAUUGGUGGAUUUACAGGAUUCUUGCUUUAAAUUGGAAAAAAAAUUGCACAAGGACUGACAGGUCAAAAAAAUUUCAUGCUUAGGUUCAGUUUUCAUGUUGAACAUGGUCCCAGUGAGUGAGAGCUUGUUCAGUUGGUGCUGUGUGGUUGCUGGUUAUGACACUUUGGAUCUACUAAAGAAAAAGAAGGCAACUUGUUUGUGGAAUACAUGCCUUAAUUGUUGAAUAUCUCCCUGUCUCCCAGUCCUGGGAGUUGUUCUACCUCUUGGCUGCCUUUCCUGUGAGGCCUGAAGCCGGUGUGGGAAGGGGGAAAUUGGAUACAGCACUGUGGCUCACACAGGGGCAGCAGAAGGUGAAGCUCUCUUUCCUUGAUGGGUGACAGUCACAAGAAGCAGGACUGAGUGUAUGUCCAUCUUUAGCUAGUAAAAGUAUUUCUGAUCUUACAAUUUUAAGCUAAAGUGGUUUGGGUUUGGAUUUUUGUGCGUGGUUAUGCUUUGAUUGAUAGAAGGGCCAAACCAUGAGAUAGUCCUAAGUGUCAAUCCUGUAAAAUGUGGAAUUUUGAAGAUUGGUGUCCUAUUUUGUUGCACCUGUACAAUUGGGCAUAUAUACUGAUAUAUGUAGCACCUAAGUACAUGUAUACGUUGCAUUAUAGAUUCUGUACUGUUUCUCUUUUUAAGCAAAACUUGUGUUGCUGCUGUUGGCUCACUCAAAUCUUCUCAUAUGUAUUCACCUUUUAUAUGGUGUUACUCAGCACUAAAAGAAUUUCCCAAAAUUACAGGUAUAAUGAUUAAAUUUAAAGGCAUUAAGCUGGCUAAUAAUAUGUGUCCUUACCUGUAGUGGAGAGAAAUCCAUUACAAAUUUCUAAAUAAAUGCUGCUUUUCUGUGUUUAAAAUGAAGCUAUGGAAAUUAGUUUGCUUAUGCCUUGACGGUGCAUAUUUACCUAAAUUCUAGCCAAUUGUUCUAUUUAGAUAUUAGAGUACAAAAUGCCAAUAAGUGAAAAUACUGCUUUGUAUUUUCAUUACUAUACUGUAGUAGUCUGCAGCAGAAGGCAAGCAGGAAGUGAACAAACCACAUUCCUGAUUACUUUUUCAGGUAGUCUGGAUGUGCUCAAUAGCAGUUUCAAAAUUUCUAGCCCUUGAUGCCAAGUUUUGUUGCCAUCAUAGCUGUGGUGUGGGUGGAAAAGCCCAACCAGAAAUGAGCAGAUCUAACUGUAAGCUACUUUGCAUGUUGUCAAUUGACUAUAAAUUGCUGCAGUCAUUGACUCAGUGGAACAAGCUACAUAAUUCAGGUAAGAGACUUGCAUGUUGCUGUAUCUAGCCACAGAUCUUCACUGAAUAUCAGUGUUCCAUUUGCUAACAGUGUUUUCAUAGCUUUUUAAUUAAUCCUGUUUAAUGUGAUCUCUUAUUAAAUAAGAUGUGAGAAAAAUGGAACAUUAACAUCUUUUUUUUUAAUAUCAUUCAGAUAUUUUCAGGUUUUCAUCUCUCUUUAAACAGCACAUCUUGUUUCCCUGGAUUUUACUUUCACCUGAAGAUUGGUGAGUCUCUAGUCUAAGGGGAAAAUGUUCCUAACACUUUGUGCAGGUGUGGAGGCAGCAGGUAACUGUUUUAUGUAACCUUGUUACACAGCAGAAGUGUCACUACUAAGCAACAAAUACUGCAAAUAUCUCUUCUUGAGGGGUUGUGUUGGUUUUGGUUUCUUCUCUGGAGUGAUGUUGUGCCAUAAUUUUUUUUGCUAUGUAGCAGACUUCCUCAGUGUUUUAAAGUUGUUAGCAGCAGAAAGAUUUUAGGCAAUAAGCCAGUCUUAUAAGUAGAAAAGGGAAAGUUGACUGGCAACUAUUUCCAUUUUAUGAGGAGUGUAUAUUCACAUAUGUAAAAAUAUGUGAGUUUUUUGCAUGCAUAAUAAUGUGAAAUGGAUGUGUUCAUGCUUUUAGCCUACCUACAGAAGUACCUGUUUAAGAUGCAUGGGACUCCCACUCAUGCCUAGCAGCUAUAAAUGAAUUCUUCACUCACAGGAUGUCUGUUGUGAAAUCUGUGUGCAUUAGAAAAAGAGAAAACUCUGCAUACUGAGGCAUUUUCAUAGAAUAUUUUGAGGACAGGUCCUUAUAUUCUCUGUGUAAAUGUGGCAGGUAUGAAGUCAGUAGAUAAUAUUACAUUAUCCCUAUAUCCUUGUGGUGGAUUUGUGUUAUGGAGUUGUGAUUGGAACAUGUGAAGCUUUGCCAGAUUUCUGUGAGGAUGGAAUCCAGCAGAUUCUGGUAAUCCAGUUUUAAUGUUCAGGUGUGGUUUCCAUUUUAGAGGAUGCAAUAGAGUCUAAGAGCUUUGGACAACAAUGUAUGGAUGUGCAAAUGGAUGGUGAGUAAGAGCUUUUUGGAUCAAUUCUGUGUAGGCAAGUAUUGGUUGCAAUCUGUGAGGGUGGCUCAUGGUGACUCUUUAAAAAUUACCUGGUUAUUUAAAAUGUAUUUAAAGAAGCUGUUAGGUAACAGUCAUUACAUCCUCAGCAGUUAGGCUGAUGUUUAGCUGUUGGAAUAAUGAUAUUGGGAAGGCACCAUAAUGCAGCUUCUUAUAACCCACUGCAAGAGUGUCUUUGUGAUAAAUGUGUCAGGGUGAUGUGAGUGGUUAGAGCUGCUGUAAUGCUGCUCUGAAGAGAGGGAGUGAGGCUAGGCCAGUCUGACUUAGAGGCUUCCAGCAGGGCCCCAACAGCUGUGUGCCAUCCCUUCUUUGUAUUACUAGGACAUGCAUUUUUCCUUUAAUAAAGUGUUCAUUUCAUAAAUAUGACAUUUAAUAUUUAAUUUCAAGCAGUAGGAUUGUUUUUAGUAUUUCAUGUCUGUGUUUAAUCUGCAGGUAGGUGGAGAAGGAAUGUGAGGACCUAAGGAGGAGUUAGAUUUAGUGGGAAUUCUCUCGUCUCUAAACUUCUGGUAAAUCUUUGUAUGAGUGGAUGUCAUACCUGACAGACAUGGAAUUAAGAUUGAAAUCCAUUCUCUGCACAGGUUUUCCAUUUUGUUAAAAUGAUAUAUUGAAUGUAGCAUCCCAUGAAUAGACAGAAAAGUAAUUUGUCUUUGAAGGCUCUUUGGUAUGACUAGGGAGUCUUUUACUGGAAUUGUAGAAUCAGUUUUUCUCAGGGAGGGGAAGGGAGCGGGGAAAAUGCCUCAUGUUGGCCUGCUUUAUUUGUUGUCUGUAAGUUUUGGUGGAUUUGGAGCAAGCUAGACCUAUGUGGAGUGCAUAUAGGUAGAGUCUCUUCAUUUCUAAAGCUGAGGUGAAAGGAAGCUGCUUUCUCUUUCCUUUAGGAAACUUUAGUGGCUUUAUAUUAAUAUCUGUUGUGUAUUAAUUUAAUCAGUGUGACUGACUUGCACUUUCUUGUACUUUUCAAAUGGGAUGUUGUCUUGUUCUACCUGAUCUUCCAACAGUGUUCUGAAAUGUCACUAAUGCAUUAAAAAAGUCUCUUCUGGAAAAUGUUAGCAAGGCCUAGAGUUGGUAAGUCCAGGUGAGUUUUUUAUACUGUUCAGUGAGUUAAAGUACUCUGUAAUUAUGUGUUUCCAGGCUAAAUGCAGAACCUGAUGGAUGGCAAAAGCUACUGUAACCUCAUCUGUGCUGAGGCUCAGCACAUCCAGCUGGCAAGGCCUUUCUGUGCAGACCCACUGGUCACGUUUCACGUGUACCCAGAAGCACCAAGCCAGGUCUCUUUGGCUGAAGAUUUGGCAUUCCUGCCUUUCAUGUCAGAGCAUCUCGUCACAGAGACCUUCUACAGCGAGCCCUGCCCCUUUCCCUACCAAGUGCCCCAUUCCAGUCUCCACAAAAGUGAGUACUCCUAUGGCUCAGCUUUCAUCAGGAAGCGGAAUGAGAGGGAAAGGCAGCGUGUUAAGUGUGUCAAUGAAGGCUAUGCCAAGCUGAGGCACCACCUGCCCAAGGAAUACUUGGAGAAACGGCUCAGCAAAGUGGAGACCCUGCGUGCUGCCAUAAAAUACAUCAGGGACCUCCAGUCUGUGCUGUGCACUGACUCUGGGGUGGCAGGAAAAGGUGUCACAGAGCCAAACCAGGCACCUAAAGGCAUUAACAAACCAGCCCAGUUUUUGGAGACGAUCUGAAGAGUUCCAAAGCCAGCCCAAGGUAUCCUGGCAGGAAUGUAGUAGUCGCUGUGUCCAUGACGUGUGUGUCCUGGCACUCCUUGGGAGCAGAUCGUGGCACACGUCACUGUCAGCCCACACAAGAGCUUGAAUGUUGCACAUAGUUACUACACUUAGAUAUGAGAGGGACAACUGGGAGCAUCUCAGCUGAAUGACUUAAGUUAAUUCAUGAAAAUCAGAACGGGUUUCUAAAUUUGUCACCGAGCUAAAAAUGCGACACCUAUAUGUGUGAAAUAACUGUAUGUAUCAUCACAACCUGCAUGCUUUAAAAUAAAAUCUCUCUACUUAUGGGACUGAGAUUCUCAUUUUCUGUCAUGUUAUUGGUUUAAUCUCACAUGCACUUUCUUAAAAUAUUCACUCUAAUUGCCAGUGAUUCUUUUCAAGUGCCUUUUUAAAUGUUCCAAGGAGAGUUCGUUAGAUGCUAAAAGAAAGGAUCAUUUAGUUUAAAAUGGAGAAAAAUAGAGUAGGGUAGGAGCUCUCUGAAGCACAGU